UUGUUUCGGGCCCUUGGUGACCAACUCGAGGGACACUCACGGAACCACCUGAGGCAUCGGCAGGAAACAGUGGAUUACAUGGUAAAGCAGAGAGAGGACUUUGAGCCCUUCGUGGAGGAUGAUGUGCCCUUUGAGAAGCAUGUUACCAAUCUGGCCAAGCCUGGUACCUUUGCUGGCAAUGAUGCUAUUGUGGCCUUUGCAAGGAACAACCAAAUGAAUGUGGUUAUUCACCAGCUUAAUGCUCCACUGUGGCAGAUUCGAGGCACAGACAAGGACAACGUGAGGGAGCUGCACAUUGCCUAUCGUUAUGGAGAACACUACGACAGCGUGAGGAGAAUCAACGACGACUCGGAGGCUCCAGCAUAUCUUCAGAUGGAUCUUCAGAUGCUUUGCAAAAAUGAUGCCAAUAAGGCAGAGGAAGGGAAGGCACAGAAAGGUGACUCUGAAGAUGAGACUGAAGUGGAAAUGGAAGAGGCUGUACAAAAAGUGUGCAAUGCAACUGGGUGUUCAGACACUGAUUUAGUGAGCCACAUUCUGGAAGAGGAGGGGUACAACGUGGAAUCUGCAAUAUCUGCCAUCUUGCAAGUGAAGGAAGUGGAAGGAGUUGGGAGUGAGGAGCAGCAUGAGCCCCAGAGCAUGGAUCAGAGAUCCUGCAGAACACUGUGGGAGGAAGAUGGAAGUGGUUCAAGGAUCUUUGGAAAUCAGAACUUGCAUCAAGGUGAAACAGAAAACACCAAAGGACAGGCCAGGUGUGACACAGAGAACCGAAGCAGCAGGAACCCAAAGGUAUCUAAGAAACAAAAGAAGGAGCAGCAGCGACUCGAGAAGAAGAAGCGGCAGGAGGAGAGACACCGACAGAAGGUCUUGGCCACCAAGAGUAACUGUGCAGAGAGCAGCAGGACAGAGACUGAGCCAAGCAGCCACAUCACCUUGGUGAAGACCAUGGCAGCCCUGAAUAUAUGA